AACGUUGAAAAGUAAAUAAAAUUGAUAACCGAUCAUUAUUUUCAAAUUUGAAUUCUUGCAGAUUGGUUGGCUAAGUGGCUUGUAAAUUAUUCAUGGGUAGAGGUAGUGGUUUAAUGUAGUUUCUUCUAUCAUAUCCAUCGAGAAAAUGUUUUUAAGUUAAUGGAAAGUCGUAGUCGUUCGAAUUCAGCUCAAUAUGAAUAAUCUACAAUUGUCACGGUCGAAUUUAAAUAGAUUUGCUCAUUGGGGACCAUUCCUGUCAAUUGUAAUUUACAAAUUUAUUACACUAACAACAUUGUAUUUUACGGAAUUAUGGUGGCCAUGUUUUGGAUCACUGGGCGGAUUUUUAAACAAUGCACUUUUUUUAACAUUGUUUGUCAUAAGUUUUUCAUGUUAUUUAAAAUCUGUCAUUGCAGGACCUGGAUUUCUCCCACUUAAAUGGAAACCGAUUAACCUUGAAGAGGACGAACAGUAUUUGCAGUUUUGUAGAAUAUGUGAUGGAUAUAAAGCACCUCGUGUUCAUCAUUGUCAUAAAUGUAAUCGUUGUGUGUUAAAAAUGGAUCAUCAUUGUCCAUGGUUGAAUACUUGUGUAGGAUAUUCAAACCAUCCAUCUUUUGUGAUAUUCAUAUUCAUUUCCAUAAUAGCUUCUAUUCAAUCAUCUAUAUUACUACUCAAGACACUUCUGCUAGUUCUUGCCCAGUAUGGGCAUAGGGUAUUAAUCUAUUUUCCUUUAAAGUUGACUCUUUUGUGGAUUACAGCAUUUGGGUUAGCUGUAUGUUUAAUAUUAACUCUAAGCUUACUGUUAUAUAUACAAUUGAAGUAUGUGUUAAAAAAUUGCACCAAUAUUGAAGACUGGAUUGUGGGGAAAGCAAUAUCCAGACGUGAACAAGAUCCUAGUUUGCCACCUUUUAUUUAUCCCUACAAUUUAGGUCCGAUAAAUAAUAUUAAAACGUUUUUUUCCAAAGGAGAUGGUAUUCACUGGCCAGUACGGGAAGAAUGUGGUGAAUAUGAUUUAACAAUAGAACAGUUAGAACAAAAACUAAUCAAAGAAUCAUGGAAACAACCAAUGAAAGUUAUUAAAAAUUAUAAUGGCAGAUGGUUUCCAUUAGUAUUUGGUUUAUGUGUUUGUUGUCAAAUACCAUGGACGGAUGAAACUCGAAUGCCAUUGAAUAUUGGUGAUGUCAUUCAAGUUACCCGAUUUCGAAAGUAUUGGAUGUAUGGACAUAAAAAUCUUUCCAAUGGUACUCGACUACGAGGGUGGUUUCCAAAACAGUGUGUGGAAACACUAUCAACCUCUUCUAAGAAAGACAAAUAAAAUUAUUUUAAAACUAUUUUUUAAAUCUGAAUUUUAAUAAAUUAAUUGAAAUUAUUCAA